AUGACUGACUAUCACUUCAAUUCGCGCCGUUCGGUAGUUCAUUCGACAAAAGGUAUCUGUGCUGCUACUCAACCCGUUGCUGCAGCUGCUGGUGUCAAAAUUCUAGAACAAGGCGGCAAUGCUGCUAUGGCUGCCGUCGCCAUGGCCGCGGCAAUGGGAGUUGCCGAGCCUAUGAUGACUGGUAUCGGUGGUGAUGUGUUUUGUUUAUACUAUGAUGCCAAAACUCAAUCGGUUUCUGGCUUCAAUGGUUCGGGCAAAUCUGCUAAAGAUAUUGUAGCCGACGAUUUGAAGGACUUGAACUCAAAGCACCUCCCGGCAACUUCCCCACUAAGCGUCAACGUUCCGGGGGCUCCCGCAGGUUGGUGUGAUAUUGUUGAGAAAUGGGGUAACGACAAACUCAAUUUGACUCAAAUCCUUCAGCCUGCUAUUGAUAUUGCCAGAAAUGGAUUUGGUGUUGCCGAAAUCUGCGCUCAGCUUUGGAAAGACUCCGAGCCGAAACUGCAAAGCAGUGCGAAUGGCCACGAACUUUUGGUAGACGGGAAACGCGCGCCUACUGAAGGAGAAUUGUUUGUAAAUGAGAACCUUGCCAAAGUUUACGAGGCAGUUGGCAAACAUGGCAAGAAGGGCUACUAUGACGGCCCAAUUGCCGAUGCUAUCGUUGAGGCUGUUCAGUCUUUGGGUGGUAAACUCAGCCAUGAAGAUUUGAAAAUUCAUGAAAGUUUGAUCUUGGAACCCAUCACUAUGCCAAUUGACGACGAGGUCACUCUACACGAAUUACCACCCAACAACCAUGGGUUGGUGGCUUUGUUGGCAAUGGGAAUCAUUCACGAACUUGCCGAAGAGAAGAAGAUUGACCUUAAAUCCAUGAAACAUAACUCUGCCGAGUAUAUUCAUUUGCUCACUGAAGCGUUGAAGUUCGCUUUCAAGGAUGCCGACCAUUAUAUUGGUGAUCCCCAUGAAAUCGAUUUCAACGUCAACGAUCUUCUGGGUAAGAAAUUCUUGCAGUCGCGUGCUAAACUUUUUAGUGCCUCCAGCGUCAACAAAAACUAUGAGCAUGGUGUGAUCAACCCGGCCAAUUCCUCUGACACGUCCUAUUUCACCGUCGCCGAUUCCGAGGGUAACGCUUGCUCGAUUAUUGCGAGCGUUUAUCAUGGAUUCGGAUCUGGCAUUGUGCCCAAGGGCUGUGGGUUUGCCCUUCAUAACCGUGGCUGCAACUUUAAUCUCAAGCCCGGCACUCGUAAUACUUUGGCAGGAGGAAAACGCCCCUACCACACUAUUAUUCCGGCCAUGUUAACCAAAGGUAAGGAGCUGUAUGCUGCCUAUGGUGUUAUGGGAGGGUUCAUGCAGCCUCAGGGUCACGUUCAGGUCGCUCUCAACAUGCGUCUGUUCGGCAUGAACCCUCAGCAGGCAUUGGAUGCCCCUCGCAUUUGCUUGGGCCCCUAUCCCGACAAGCCAGAGAUCCCCACCACCGAUGAGGUUCUCGUGAACUUGGAAGUGGGUAUUGACGCAAAGGUUGUUGCCGACCUAGAGGCUAUGGGCCACAAAGUUCGCGUGCUCGAGGGUGCCGACAGAGCUCUCUUUGGCCGCGGGCAAGUGAUCCAGCAGUCCAAGCAAAACGGAAAAAUUGUGUAUCAUGCUGGCAGUGAUCUGCGCGGUGACGGUGCUGCGAUUCCGCAGGUUUAA